UCAGUAUGCAUAAUGAAGCAAUAGGAGACCAGUCCAGGCUCUUUGGAAUUGGACUCUUCAGUCUGUUCUCACGGUCUGUUAAGUGUGCAACUGGCAGGGCAGAAAACUUCCUGAGAACAUUUUGGGAGGACAUGGAAUUCACACGCAAAAAGGGUGAAGGGAAACUGGCAGACACGCCAAGUGAAAUUAUUAGGGAGGCAUGAGCUUGUGUUACAGUCUGCAUUGUCUUGACACAGUUGAUUUUAUGGACUUGUAUUUUUGAACUGAAAUCUGCACAGAGGAGGUGUCAUUAUGAAUCAUCAAGCUGCCGCUCCUCAGACAAAAGGUGGUAAUUAUCUGAGCAUAAAGGAUUCAGAAUCACUUGAUAACUAUAUCCAGAAUACACUAUCCUCUCUGUAUCCACCUUUUGAGGCCACAGCUGCUACUGUUUUGUGGCAACUUUUCAGCAUUGUUGAAAAAUUCUAUCAUGGAGAUGGUCUCAGAUGUCUAAUCGAUUUCCUGGUUCCUGCCAAGAGAAUCUUACAGUGUAUCCAACGAGAAACAUGUGGUGGUUAUGCUGGCCUUAUUUUCUGCCAUGAAGGAUGGCCAUUGUGUAUCCAUAAGAAAAUCAUAGUGCAGUUGGCAUCUCUUCGUAAAGUUUGUUUAAAACCAGGAGAUUUUUACUUCCAGAUUGUGCCAGUGGGAAAGCAGUCUGCCAACUUGGUAUUAAAAUGUCUGUCGAGACAUGGAGAAGGAAUAGAAGAACUUUGUGUACCUGAAACCAUGUAUGGCUGUGUUUUCACAACAGAAUUUUUGGAAAAUUUAAAUUGUCAAUGGAAUGGAAGUCCUUUGGAAAGCUGCUUGCUAACAACAGGCCGAGCUGUAUAUAGAACACCUUGGAAAAAUAUUGUGAAUCCUACUUUUGUUACUACUGCUGAAAAAGCUAUUCAAAAUUGUUCAAAUAAUUCUCAGCUUGGGAUGUUAAGCAGCAACCUUGAAGCUGAAGUAAUGACACAGACCAUGGAAAACAACAACUCACAUGAGAUUUAUUCUUCUAGCAAUGCCUGUUCUACUGCAAUAGAGGUAUCUUUUGCAGACUGCCAUGGAACUCAAGGCAAUGAUGAUUCUGGCCUUUGCUGUGGACCUGGAAACCAGACUGAAAAACAAAGUUUAGAACUCCCAACUGAAAAUCGAAGAGAAGAUGACAUUAAUUCAAUAGCACAUCCUGAAGAAUGCGAGCAUUUUGAUUCAGUGGCAGAGCAUGUGACUGAGCAACCAAGGAAAGGAUUUGACUUGACAUCAGAUUUUUUAAAAGAAAAUGCAUCAAGCCCUCCACCAUCAAGGAGCGUCACAAAAAGCAUAGCUUUUGGUUCAGAUUUGAGCAACUCGCAUCAAAGAGGGCAAGAUUCUUUGUAUUUUGAGACAAAGCGCUUGUUUAGGAAAUCAUAUAUAGAAGCUUUGCAAAAUCCAAUGAACCUAGGUUCCAGCUCUGAGGAAUCUAUUGCAGAGGAAGAACCUUCUAAACAUGUAAGGGACAUAAAACAGAUGGGUGAUGACUCCAGGAACCUGCCAUCCAGAAUGGCUGGAAAAAUGUGUGAGGACAAUGUUCAGCAUGAAAGCUCUUGCUCUACAAAAUUAUCAAAAUGUAUGGAGGCGAGAGAAGCAAUUGGAUUUUGUGAGCAUUCACAGGAUUCUGGACCACUCUCUGUAUGUCAUAAAAAUCCUCCAAAUGAAGGUUUUCGACCAGGUUCAAGAAGAUCACAGUCUUUGGAUAGAACAUACAAGAAUUCACAAAAUAAGGAUUAUAAACUUGGUGAGUUCCCAUAUGGAGAAUUCAGUGCAAAUUCGCCCAAAAUAAUAAAUGGGCAUUCUGUAAGACUGGAGAGCUUAGAUUCCAAUAUUCAUAAUAUCAUCUCUACGAGAAGCAAAAAGGAUAAAGAUUCAGUAGACUUCAAAAUUGAUUUUUCGGAUUCUAAAUCUAAUGUAAAUGAUGCCUACCCCAAGAAUGAAUUGCUGCCUUCAGAGCUUGAAGAUCCUGACAUUUUGUUGCCGAGCCAGUUGUUGGAAGUUAAUCAAGAAUUAUUGCAGUCUGGAGUAAUUUCUCUAUGUGGAAACCGGGAUCGUGGUGGAAGAGCAGUAGUGCAAAUCUCCCUGAAAAGUGAUGUCUGGUUACAUGAGAAUUCCAGAGUCAAUGAGCUCACACAACUUCUAGUGUAUCUCUACAGUAUUCCUAGAAAGGAGGUCCAUGCUUUGGGGCUACUUAUUUUAGUGGAUGCUCGCAAGCGUCAGAAUGUCUCCUUCCUUUUCAAAGCUUUAGCAACAUUACAGAGUGCAGUCCCUAAUUCCAUUCACAGUACUCUGAUAUUGACUGAUAAGGAGUCUGCUUUUAGGCUUGAGAAAGAUGUUCUCUUUCAGUGUGAAGUUCUCACGUCUCUGAAGGCAUUGCAUAGGUUCAUUGACUGCACCCAACUGACAGCAGAGUUUGAUGGAACUUUUCCUUACAAUCAUAAUGACUGGAUAUGUUUCCGAAGGAAACUUGAACCAUUUAUUACGAACUGCAAAGAGGCUAUUGUGUUUUUGCAGCAGUCGGCAUGUUCUCUCAAUAGUUCUCGGAUACCAACUACUUCACAAGAGGUGAAGGAUUUAAUGGACAAACACCAAACAAUGAUGAGACUUGUUCUGGAAGAUGAACUGUUGGUGACCUUAAGACUUGAAGGUGGAACAAUGCUUGCAAGGCUUAGGAAGGAGGAGUUCUGCAAUACAGAAGAUUAUCGAGAUGCCAUGGAAGUGGUUACGAAGCUAUAUAAUCAAGUAGAUGAGGAAGUUCAUAGACUGGUUUUGUUAUCUAAUAAACGCUUUCAACAACUAGAGAACUUCUUGGCAAUGAGAAACUUUGAAGAAGGCUUUGAUGAGAUAAAAGCCUGGUUUGAAAAUGAGAAAGAAAAAUAUAAUGAGCUUUUGAAUCAAGACCAACUUUCAUGUGAAUAUGUGAAAAGGAAGCAGGAGGAAUUCCUGGUAUUUAAUGAAAAAGUAGUGCAAUAUUCCCAGAAAGGAUUAAAAUUAAUAAGGGAGAAUUCUUUGCUAAAAUCUGAUGAAGAAUGCGAAGCUUUUGAUAAGUAUCUAAAUAACAUCACCAUUCAAACACAGAAGAAGAGAGAUGAGCUAGAGAAAAUGAUGCAGCUCUAUCAAUUUUAUGAAAAGGCUGACAAGUGGAUGGUUCAUUGCAAUGAGUAUCUUAAUCAGCUUUCAGCAGAAGCAAAAUAUUCUCAAACAACAAUUCAGUCUUUGCAAGAUUACCAUCAAGAAGCUAAAAAAAUAUCUGCUGAAAACUUUCAGAAAGUCAGUGAGGUUUUAAUUGCUUUUAAUAAGAAAGAGUUUGAAUUAAAUCAAUGGAAUGCCUUAUUUCGCAAUUGUCAGCAAACGAAACACCGGUUAGAAGAAGAGCUUUCAAAAGUGAUUCAAAGAGAAGCCACCCUUACUGUCCAGGACACUGGGCAAAUGAGCAACCAUACUCUGAGCAGCAAAUCUGUUCAACACAGCCAUUCUAGCCUUUCUUCUAGAAGUGCUGAUGACUUCUGGGAGAGAACACCACCUAGCACAUUUCAGCAUGGCAGCCUGCCAGCAAGUACAUCAUCUUUGUUAAAUUUGGAAGAGACUCAAAACACAGGUCUUUGUUUUCCAGUGAAACCUGCUGUACCACAAACACACACUCCACCGUUGGGUAGGUUUCAGAGGACUACUCACAUUUCAGAGGACCUGGACAACAUUUCAACCUGCUAUUCAGAACCAACCCAGACAUUCAUGACUCGCCACAGAAAACAUCCAUUGAAGAAGAUUAUGAAGAAAACACAAAGCUUUGAGUUAACCCGACAUGAGAGCAAGCACUACGAACUGCAUCACCCUGGAUACACUGGAGUUUAUAUCAGAGGACUAGAAAUUGCUAGUAAUGCUGCUGUAGAGAAGAGAAAUACACAGCGGUCAAAUAUUAAAAGCCCCUUGACUAGUAAGAAACAUAGUUUAGUACUACCAUCAGAAAUCUACCACACAGAAGAUCAAGAAGAAAAGAAAAGAGGGGGAAGCAGUAAACUAAACCACAUAAUGGAUGAGAUGAUCACGACAGAAAGGGAGUAUGUCAGAUCCUUAGGCUAUAUCAUUGACAGCUAUUUUCCUGAAUUGGAAAGGGGUGACUUACCUCAGGAUUUACGUGGGAAGCGGAACAUCAUCUUUGGAAAUUUAGAAAAACUCUAUGACUUCCAUUGUCAGUAUUUCCUGAAAGAAUUGGAACACUGCGUAGACUUUCCCUUGCGGGUUAGCCACUGUUUCCUCAGACAUGAAGAACAGUUUGGGAUGUAUGCAUUAUAUAGCAAAAACAAGCCCAAGUCAGAUACUUUACUUAUAAGCCAUGGAAAUGCCUUCUUUAAGAAUAAGCAACAGGAAUUGGGUGAUAAAAUGAAUUUGGCUUCUUACCUGCUGAAACCCAUACAGAGAAUGAGCAAAUAUGCGCUCCUUUUGAAAGAUCUCAUCAAGGAAUGUUCAGCAGGACAAGAGCAAGAGCUUGAAGCUCUCUGUGCAGCUGAAGAAAUGGUCAAAUUUCAGCUUCGCCAUGGGAAUGAUUUGCUUGCAAUGGAUGCCAUCAGAGGAUGUGAUGUCAAUCUGAAAGAACAAGGACAGCUGAGAUGUCAAGAUGAGUUUACUGUGUACUGUGGCAGAAAGAAGUAUUUGAGGCAUCUCUUCCUUUUUGAAGACCUCGUCUUGUUUAGUAAAACGAAAAAGAUUGAUGGAGGUUAUGACAUUUACAUGUACAAACAGUCAUUUAAGACAGCUGAGAUUGGAAUGACAGAGAAUGUUGGCGAUAGUGGAUUGAGAUUUGAAAUCUGGUUUCGAAGGAGAAGAAAAUCCCAGGACACCUACAUCCUUCAGGCUAACUCAACAGAAAUAAAAAAUGCAUGGACCGAUAUCAUAGGAAAGAUUCUUUGGAGACAAGCCUUGAGAAACCGAGAACUCCGAAUGCAAGAAAUGGUGUCUAUGGGCAUAGGAAAUAAACCUUUCAUGGACAUCAAGCCAAGUGAGGCAGCUAUAAGUGAUCAUGCUAUAGACUUCAUCAUGAAGAGAACAGAAUCAAGGACUCGUGCCUCUAUAGCCGUUUCUUCAUUUGACCACUCCACCCCAUUUAAGAGGCCUCAUUCCACGAUCUCAAACAGCAGUACAUCUUCCUCCAGCAGUCAGUCCUCCUCUUCCAUCUUGGGGUCACUCAACCUGCAUGUAUAUUCUGCCGCAUCUCAUCUUGGCUUAGUACGGCCACCAAUCAACCACUGGUCAUAUGAUGUCAGAACCUGUAUUGAAGAAGAUGAGUUGGAACAAGAAGUUGGAAGCCAGCCCUCAGUGGAGAGUUCUGAAUCCUCCCAGGACACAUCACGUGAGAGGACAAGCAGUUUCAGCGGCUCUGUCCACUCUGAGUUCUCCCCAGUCCUUACCAAGACAUUUCUGGAUGAAAGAUCCAAGCUUUCAUCAGAAUGCAGAUCUCCUUCUCUCGCACAGAAGAAUCCUAGGUCAACACCCAGCACAGAGUAUAUCACAGCGGACAAUUCAUGAUAAGCACUACGGAAACUUGAACCACAUAACACCAGCAGUACUGGUUCCAGGUGAUUUUCUUCUUUUCUUUCAAGAAUAAAAUAUAUGCUUACUUGUAUAAAAUAAAUAUGGUUUUCUCUCCCCAUAUUUACGUUUUUGUAUAAUUGAUAAGAUAUAGAUAUUACUGUAUUUUUGAAGAAUCUUGUAAAUUCAGAAAACAUAAUGUAUACAUAUUGAAAUGUAUAAAUUGUGCUGAACAUAUUUGUAAAUAUUUAUUGUCCUGUAUUAUAAAUUCUUCAAUACAGAUUGUAAAAGAAAUUUGCUAGCAUUCUCGAAUAUGGGGUUUUUUUCUAGAUGGGAAGCUAUUUCAAAGCAAGACUUUGAAAAUGAUUGCGCCUCAGCAAGUAUGUUUUCUAAAUACCUCAUAAUCACACCAGUGGGCUCUUGGUUGCAAACAGCACCUCAUUCUGGGCACAUUGUGACAAAGGUGAACCCCUGUGAAUCUUGUGUGAUCAUAUAACAUGAUGGUGAUUUUAGAAUUCAACCUGAAACCUUUUUUUUCCCAUUCUUUUCUUAUGUGAAGAACAGACUUGAAAGUGAGAGGGGUGACUGAUUUUCCUCCAAAUAGUCUUUACUGUUUCUUUCCUUUCUUGUGCCUAAUAAAAGGAGACUGAGGAUAAUUGAAACAAUGCAUCUGUCCUUUACAGCCUUACAAAAAGAUCUAGAAUUAAUGUAUUGUCGAAGGCUUUCAUGACCGGAAUCACUGGUUUGUUGUAGGUUUUUUCGGGCUAUAUGGCCAUGUUCUAGAGGCAUUCUCUCCUGACGUUUCUCUGAAAUCCACAAGCAUGUGGACAAUUUCAACAGAAAGGAGGAAACCAUGAAAAUGAACAAAAUCUGGCUACCAGUAUUAAAAAACUCUAAAAUUACAACAGCAAAACAACAGAGAGCAAAAAAUCAGGUACAUCUAAUCACCUCUCAACAAAAGAUUGCCCCAGGCACUGCCAGGCCAUCAAAUGCUAAUCAAGGUGGUCAGUUGAAACAUUCACACCUAGCUCCAGCAGACAAGAGUUCUUUGUAUUGUCGAAGGCUUUGAAAUCCACAAGCAUGUGGACAAUUUCAACAGAAAGGAAGAGACCAUGAAAAUGAACAAAAUCUGGCUACCAGUAUUAAAAAACUCUAAAAUUACAACAGCAAAACAACAGAGAGGAAACAACCAGGCACAGAUUAACACCUCCCAGCAAGAGAUUUUCCCAGGCUCAGGCAGGCCUUCAAAUGCUAAUGAAGGUGAUCAGCUGAAACAUUCACACCUAACUGCAGCAGGGAAGAGCUCCUUGCCCCACCCCAGUCAUUCCACAGAUAUAUAAACCCAUUGUCCUAAUUCCAACAGACCUCACUACCUCUGAGGAUGCUUGCCAUAGAUGCAGGCGAAACGUCAGGAGAAAUGCCUCUAGAACAUGGCUCUAUAGCCCGAAAAAACCCACAAGAACCUAAGAGUUCUUUGUCUCACCCUGGUCAUUCCACAGAUAUAUAAACCCAUUUUCCUGCUUCCAACAGACCUCACUACCUCUGAGGAUGGUUGCCAUAGAUGCAGGUGAAACGUCAGGAGAGAAUGCCUCUAGACCAUGGCCAUAUAGCCCAAAAAAACCUACAGCAACCCAAAUCUAGAAUUGUACCCUUCGGUAACACAGAACCCCACUGUUGCCAUACAUAAAACUGUCAACAUGUUUCAGCUGAGCUUUCUGCUUAGACCAGAAGCUUGGUCAUUUGCCUCUAUUUCCCAAUCAGGGACACACAAUCUAAACUUGGAAAACUUAAUGGGGGAUUGUAGACUCUCUUAGUCUGUCUGUUUGCUUAAGGCCUGCCACAUAUACUGAGAAUGCUUAAUUUACAUAGAGGUAAAUAUUUUUAAAAUAUGCUUUUUUAGCUUCUCUUAGUCAAACAUCACAAUGUAUUGGUUUUU